AUGCUGGUCGAGCAGCAGCGCCUAUGGGUGACAGGCUUUGACGGCCGGCUACUGGAUCCGGGACAGAACGUGCGCCAAAUGGGACUCAAACACGGCAGGAAACACUUUCCCCCUCCUCCGCCACCACAACCACCACCUUUAGACUUCUCCCUUGUAACACCGCCACCAGCACCAUCUCUUCUUUCAUUUCCGGUCUCUGCACAUCUUCAGGCCAAGGCCACCACUUUCCGGCAAGUCACCGCCUCUUUGUAUCCAGCCUUGGCCUCUUCCAUCGCUUCACCCCCUCACCCAGACACCACGAGAUGGUAUGAUACCGCACCUCUGGACUGGGAUCCCAGCAACGUCUGGCCUUUUGCCAGAGAGACUCGAGUGAAUCUGGCUUCUCUAAGAAUGCCGGUGGGCAUCGGCGAGGACGCUGAGCAACACUAG